AGCAGCAACAGCAGCCGCAGAUGUUCAGACUCAGAGCGCAACAGGCGCGCGACCAGACACACACAGACACACACACACACACAGACACACACACACACACAUACAGACAUGCGCACGUACUGCAAACUUUCUGUCAUAGGAACGAAAUGAGGAGUUCGCUUCCGUAACCAGAAAAGAGUUAUUUUAUUUAUUUUUGUAUUUGUGGGACAUCUCGUGAUCCAAAACUUUUUUUUUCAACACUAAUCGGAUUAUAAAGCCAGUAUGUGGACUUUGACUGAAGGAGGACAGAAGCGGAUGAGCCCCCGGUGGUGCGUGAGCGUGCUGGUGUCCGGGCUCGUGUGCGCGUGGUUCCUGCUGAAGCCGUCGCACUGCUAUAAUCUGGACGUGAAGAACUCGGUGCAGUUUGGAGGACCAAAUGCAUCUUUAUUCGGCUACUCGGUUCUGCUCCAUAAACACCAGCAGAGCGCGUGGUUGAUUGUUGGAGCGCCAGUUGCUGACUCAACAUUUUACUCAACCGUUCAAAAACCUGGUGUCAUUUACAAGUGCGACGUUUCUAAUAAGAAGUGUGAGCAGCUCCAAACUGGUGUGGAGCGGUGUGGAAAAACCUGCCAGGCUGAAAGCGAUAACCAGUGGCUUGGAGUCAGCCUUUCCCGAAGACCAUCAAAUGGUGAUGUACUGGCAUGUGGACAUCGCUGGAAGAACGUCUUCUUCUCGCAAAAAGACAAUCAAAACAAGCUGCCUCACGGCGUGUGCUUCCAGUUCAACUCUGAUUUUAGCAGCACAACCCACUAUAUCCCCUGCUACAGAGAUCAUCAGAGAAAGUUCGGUGAAGACUAUGGAUCCUGCCAAGCUGGAAUUUCAAAUUUCCUAACUGAGGAUCUGAUGAUAAUGGGAGCUCCUGGUAGCUCUUACUGGACUGGCUCUGUUCUAGUCUACAACAUGACUAGUAAAGUCUUUGCAGCCUAUGUGGAUGAUGAAAACACAGUGCUCUAUGGAAGCUACCUUGGUUACUCUGUAAGUGCUGGACACUUUCUUUACCCAAACAGUAUGGAGAUCGUAGGUGGUGCACCCCAACAUGCCCAGACUGGCAAAGCUUACAUCUUCACAGUGGAAGGCAAUACUCUGAAAAUCCUGAAUGAAACAAGUGGCUCUCAGCUGGGCUCGUACUAUGGCGCGAGUGUGUGUGCGGUUGACCUGAAUGCUGACGGACUUUCCGAUCUUCUGGUCGGGGCGCCGAUGUUCAGCACCGUGAGGGAGGAGGGGCGUGUUUAUGUCUACAUUAACCAGGGCCGGGUUAAUAUGAGAGAAACAGACUUCAUGCUUAAGGGAAGUGAUUCGUACGCAGCUCGCUUUGGAGAGACCAUCACUGACCUCGGGGACAUUGAUGAUGACGGUUAUUCAGACGUGGCCAUCGGAGCACCACAGGAGGAAGAGCUGCGUGGAGCUAUUUAUAUCUACAAUGGUAGAAAGAGUGGUAUAACGCCAAGAUUUUCACAAAGAAUAACAGGCUCAGUCCUUGGAUAUAGCCUCAGAAUGUUUGGACAGUCCGUUUCCGGAGGUGUCGAUGUAGAUGGAAACGGUUACCCCGACGUAGCAGUGGGAGCUUUUCUGUCUGACGCUGCAAUUGUGAUCCGGACCCGUCCUGUGGUGACGGUGGAGGCGUCCUUGUUCCUGCCGGUCAGUGUGAAUCGAUCGGUGGCCUCUUGUGUCGAACAUGGCCUUCCUGCUGUGUGUGUGGAGGUCAAUGUGUGCUUCACAGUCCAUGGAAAAGCCAUACCGGGACUUAUAGAGCUGAAGUACAACCUUAGUGCAGAUGUAAAGCACAAGGAAUCCUUUCCAUCACGCUUCUACUUUCACACCAAUGGCACGUCCAACGUCACUGCGGGUCGUGUCAGGGCCGAGCACAGACGGAUGACCUGCAACAAGCAUCAAGCUUUCAUGAAGAAGGAUGUGCGUGAUAUUUUCACGCCGUUGCAUUUCAAUGUUCAGUACGAGCUUGGAGAGCACAGUGUGGAGAGCAGACGCUCCAGCAGCCUUCCUUCACUCAAAGCCAUUCUACAGCAAAGAGAGGGACAAAGUAACAGUGUCACAAACCAGACUCAGUUUGCCAGAUACUGCGCUUGGGAGAACUGCUCGACAAACCUGCAGGUUUUCGCACAUCUGGUGCUUCCACAGUCUCUCAACAACAUGCCGUUUUUUGCUCUGGGAAACGGGAAGACCAUCUUGCUGAACACUACACUGGUCAACGUAGGGGAUGACGCCUUUCUGCCCAAACUACACAUCCAAUUCCCCAACAAUGUCCAGUUCAUCCGAGUGCUGGAUGCAGAGGAGAAACAUGUGAGCUGUGAGAUCAAUGAAGAACAGAAUGCAACCACCACCCUGGACUGCAACGUGGGAAAUCUCUUCAUACCGUCUCUGUCAAAGCUCAACAUCAGCUUUCUACUAGACGUAAACCAAAACAGCAGCCCCGGUGACCUGAACAUCAGCAUCAACGCCACAAGAGACAACUAUGAAAACGCGGACCUCCUGCAUGACAACGUGGCUUAUCUGACUCUGCCUCUGAGAUACGGCGUGGGUUUCAACGUCCAUGGAUAUGUCUCUCCAACAUCAUUCAUUUUUGGGGACCCUGAUCUGAAGCCAGUCGACUGUUACAGCCAAAAGUUUAAUUACACAUUUAAGGUGAUAAACCUCGGUCCCAGUAAAGCUCUCAACGCCAAAGUGGAAAUCGAAAUCCCUCAUGUUCUGGUUCCGUAUCCAGAUCGGCUGAUCCAAGUCACAGAUUUACAGACAAGUCAAGGCCGUUGCCAUGUGAAGAACAGCAGCUUUCCACUAAAGGACGACUGUGUUGUUGAUAAAGCUCCCUUUUAUAAAGACCUUGUGUUCUACCUGUCAAAAAUCACAAAGCGUACCCUGUUUUGUGUUCGAGCGGACGGAGCCUGCAUGGUCAUUCAGUGCAACUUCGGCAACAUGGACAUGGGCAAAGAGGUCACCAUCAAUAUCGAGGUGGAGCUCAACCCUGCUGUACUUCAGAUCAGCCCUGGGAGACAUGCCAUAAUGCAGAUGGACAGCAUUAUUUCUGUCACUUCGCCAGUCAAGGACAACACCACCAUCUUCAUGAAUGAUGACAACAGUGCUGUCGUAAAGUUAGAAGCCCACAUCAGCCAGAAGCUGCCACCAAUUGUGGCGCAUAUAAUCAUCGGGUUCAGCUUGUGUCUCGGUCUGAUCAUCUUCGGUAUGAUAGUCUUCUGCCUUUGGAAGGAUGGCUUCUUCAAGCGGAGGUUAAAAGAGAAAAAGGAGAAGAUCGAGCGUGACAGCUGGGACUACGUUCCCAAGCACGAAAGCUUUUCAUAAAAAAACCCCAAAAAAUCACGUAAGAACUUCAGAUAGUGAAGACAGGAAUAAUAUGAACAGAAACAAAACAUUGGACUCGAACUUUACACGGUGUGGAUAUGGAUGAUCCAGACUAAGAGCUGGAUCAACGUGGCUGUGCGGGUUCGGGACCGUACCAACGUGACUAUAUUCAAGACCAAACCGAUUGCACUUUUUGCGGAGGGAGACGGCUGAUCUGCAUGCGUGUGCCAGGACUCAGAUUUUGGUCUUAAGUGGAUGGGGUGAGGGCAUGGAUGGACAGUAUUCGAGCCUUCAUGUGAUAAACACGGCUGCCACUAAGAAUACCUGCUGUAAAAAACAGAUCCUCUGCAGGACUUUGGAAUGGUAUGGUCCAGACUACAGGUCCAGGUGUCAGGAGUUCCCCUCUGGAGCAGAGUUUUUUUAUUCUGAAAAAAUGAAACACUGUUCGUUCCUCUCUCACUCUCCUGAUUCAUUUCAUCACUUUGUUUAGUUUUUCUUUUGCAUCCAGCUUUCAUAUAUUCCCCUCUCUUUUCCUUUGUCUCUUUCCCUCUCUGUGUCUUUUCUCUUUCUCUCUUUCCGUGUCUCCUGCUGUUGGGUGUUAUGGUUAAGAGUUUGGAGGGAGACGGUGAGGAGACACCAGAUGGAAGGAGUGAGAGCGUGUUGGCUCGCGGCCACAGAAACAGCGCUCUAGACGAAUGACGAGACUGAUGCGUGCCUGGCACAGGGCCACCGAGAACGAGAGAGAGAGGGAGCGAGCCAAAAUAGAGAGAUGAAUGAAUUACAUAUUGCUGUGUGUGUCACAUUUUACACAAUGAGUGGCCAAUGUAAAGUGUGUGUGCGUGUGUGUGUGUCUGUGUGUGUGUGUGUCUGUGUGUCUGUGUAUGGGGGGUGUUGCUGUUCAGGGAGUCACACGCAAAAGGCACAUUCCAUUUCUGUUUCACAUCACUGUGUUUAUUAAAUGAAUGAAGAGGAAGAAAGUAACAUUUUCAGAGCAGUAGAUUCGUAUGUAAAGUGCUGAUAGGAUGUGUGUGUGUGUGUGUGUGUGUGUGUGUGUGUGUGUGUGUGUGUGUGUGUGUGCGUGAGAGAGUGUGUGUGUGUGUAAAGAGGAAUUUGUCCCUGCAUGUCCUCUGCUGUUAUUUAAGUACUGAUGCACUGGACUGUGUGUAAUGUGUGGGUUUUUUUUUUUUUUUUUAAAUAAAAGACUUUUCUAUUUAA